AUGCCUAGAUUCACGCCUCUACGAGUCCUCCUUCUCAUACCGGUCUUCUACGCCCUUCUCGUCCUGUUAUGGGCUGCUCUGCCCUCGCCCGAAGUGCCCUGGGGAACAGACAUCGUAGGCAAGGCCGCGGAGCAUCUAUGGCGCGGCGGCACCAUCACCAGGGUAUAUGAUGUCGACGACUUCUUCCCCUAUGCCGACUCGUCGCCCUACGUACAUAAGGCGCGGCGCUCUCAGCGCAUGUCCUUCGCCUUGGAUUUCGCGUACAAUGCCAGCUCGCGCGGGUUGACGAUCGGCGGGCCUCGCGAUGCGCAGGUGUGGAACGUCAGCAUGUUGGUAGAAGUCGCUUCGUACGAGGACGACAACGUAUAUCUGACGGAGAGUUUCGGUGUGGAUGUCAAGACGGGGGACCGCGAUGGGGUCAACUUGCCGUGGUUCACGCCUGCGGACGCCACGCUGCUGUUCUGGGACAUUCACGAAGAGGUGGUUGAUGUGCCGUUGCGGUUGCGGGCCCACGGGGACAGAAAUAUCCAAGUCCUGCCUGAUAGUGAAGUCUGGGAACACGAGGAAUACGCAUCGCGGCAGCAAAGUAUCGUCCCACUACUGACUCUGGUGCUUGACCCGACAGACACAGAGCGCGAGCUACGGCACGCAAUCUGGCCGUCCGGGGAUGUCGCGCCGAAUUCGUCCCCCACAAGCACAUUCAAGGCCAGACGCGCGGUCCUCCGCAUUCUGCUCCCGUCGUGGUUUCUAGUCGCUGAUGUACUGUUGCCGCGUGUUGGGAGGCUGAUUCUCGUGUUGGCCACGACGGUAUCUUUCGCCUUCUGGAUGUCUCUCGCGUAUGCGGCGGUUGUAUUGGCGUGCUGGAAGGCCAGCGGCAUGGCCGAUUUCUGGCCUUGGGCGCGCACAUUCUGGAUGACCAGGUGCGUGGUCGGCUAUCUUGGUGCCAAAAUCUCGCCGCCCAAAGAUCCUGCCGAGGGGAAGCUGGCGGUGGAUAAAGGCGAGGGGGGCGAGGUGGCUACGACGGGUCCAACGCCGCUGACGAGUCCGUGGGCGUUCUUCACCAGCUCGUCGCCGCUCGACGAUCUCUUUGUCACUUUCGAAGCGACCAAGCCGUUGGUGCGGCCAAUCGGUCGGAGUGGACUGCGGCGGCGACGGACCGGCGAUCUUGAGGGACAGGUCGAGUCUGCGGCGUCCUCUUCAGCGGCGAGCAAAGAGGUGGAUGGCGAAAACGUGACGGGCGAGAGUAGUGCUGCUCCAGAAUGA